AUGCAGAGGAGCCGGACUCCCGCGGCGUUACUGUGGCGCUCCCAUGGCAACUUUGUCCAAGUUUGUGAAAGUUAUCCGGACACGGCCAUACUGGCGUAUCCGGACACGGCCAUACUGGCGUAUCCGGACACGGCCAUACUGGUGUAUCCGGACACGGCCAUACUGGCGUAUCCGGACACGACCAUACUGGCGUAUCCGGACACGGCCAUACUGGUGUAUCCGGACACGGCCAUACUGGUGUACCUGGACACGGCCAUACUGGUGUAUCCGGACACGGCCAUACUGGCGUAUCCGGACACGACCAUACUGGCGUAUCCGGACACGACCAUACUGGUGUACCCAGACACGACCAUACUGGUGUACCCAGACACGACCAUACUGGUGUACCCAGACACGACCAUACUGGUGUACCUGGACACGGCCAUACUGGUGUAUCCGGACACGGCCAUACUGGUGUAUCCGGACACGGCCAUACUGGUGUAUCCGGACACGACCAUACUGGUGUAUCCGGACACGGCCAUACUGGUGUAUCCGGACACGGCCAUACUGGUGUAUCCGGACACGACCAUACUGGUGUACCUGGACACGACCAUACUGGUGUAUCUGGACACGACCAUACUGGUGUAUCCGGACACGGCCAUACUGGUGUAUCCGGACACGGCCAUACUGGUGUAUCCGGACACGGCCAUACUGGUGUAUCCGGACACGGCCAUACUGGUGUAUCCGGACACGGCCAUACUGGCGUAUCCGGACACGACCAUACUGGUGUAUCCGGACACGACCAUACUGGUGUAUCCGGACACGACCAUACUUGUCUACCCACACGGCUUCCUUCUUUUCUGA